AUGAACAAAUCUGCAGAUUAUUGCAGCCAUGACUUUGAUUAUCAAGCAGAUUUUACUCAGUUUUUGGAAGAAGCAAAGAGAAGUACAUUCCAAAAAGCACCAACCACACCACAAGUUAGUGAAAAACAGUUGAACCCUGCAAAAAAGAACAGGAAAUCAUGGAAAAAAUCUCUGUUUUACUGGUUGAAAAUCGACAAGAAGGAUAAGAAACCCGGCCCGAACAUCGAAAAGGCCUUCAAGCCCAAGAACGGGCAUGUUUCGGGCCCAGUCCACCCGACUACAGGCAAGAAUACCACAAGCAGAGCCCGCAGGCCGGCAUCGGGCCCGAUCACGAGUAUUUUCAGCCCAACAAAAGGAGCAGAUGAGUAUGAUAGGGUGCCCUAUGUGUGUCUUGGCCAGAUUAGUGAUCCCCACAAGGUUCAGUCAUAUGGGCCUGUUUACUUAGUCACAUAG